AUGGGGCAGGAUGGGGCGCUUAAAACUCAUGACAUGGUGCAGGAAACAGAGAACGGAAAAAUGGGGAUGGAUGGUUGCGGCAAGUUAAGGUCAUUUGACCUUAACCAAGAACCUGAGUGUGACCGAGACACAUUCAUUGAAGAAAGCGGUAGUUUAAUAGGAGGACACGAAGAUGAGGAGGCAGAUGAAUUGGUGGGCGCAAUAGGCGUGGAUGACGUAAUGAAAUUAACAUUUGACACGGAAGAAGAAAUUGGAGAAUUCUAUAAUUUGUAUGCGAAACUAAGCGGAUUUGGGAUUCAUAAAAGUAAUGCCAAACGAGAUGCAGAUGGCAUUUCAAGAUUUAGAAAAUGGGUAUGUUGCUGUGAAGGUUAUAGGAAUGAAAAGUGGUUUAAUUAUGAAGACCGGAAAAGAGAAGCAAAACCAAUCACAAGAACCGGGUGUGGGGCUUGCUUUCGCGUGAAAUAUGACAUAGAAUCGGUAAAGUAUGUGGUGACACGUUUCAUUAUGGAGCACAAUCACCCGCUAGCAUCAGAGGCAAGUGUGCAACACAUUAGGUCGCAUAGAAAAGUGAGCGAUGCAGAAUAUGCACAGGCAAAAAGUCUAAAGUUGGUUGGGGCCAGAAUAUGCCAGAUAAUGAAACAUUUUGUUAUCAAAGCCGGAGGAUAUAGUAACGUGGGAUUUUGCAUUAAGGAUCUGUACAACCGAAUGGACGAAGAACGUAAAAAAAAUAUUUUUAAUGGCGAUGCAGAAGGGGCACUUGGGUUCUUGGCAGUGAAGAAGGAUGCCGAUGACAUGUUCUUUUAUAAAUAUCAUGUAGAUAACGAAGGUAGAUUGGCAAGGUUGUUUUGGGCAAAUUCUAAAUCUCGUGCGGACUUCAGUGUAUUUGGGGAUGUAUUGGUGUUUGAUACAACAUACAAAACAAAUAAAUACCGCAAGCCACUAGUUGUACUUGCAGGGGUAAACAACCAUUUGAACAGUAUUAUUUUUGGCUGUGCACUGCUAUCAGAUGAGAGGAUUGAAACAUAUGAAUUGGUGCUAAGUACAUUUGUAGAGGCUAUGAAAGGUAAAAAGCCAGUAGCAGUGAUGACAGAUGGGGACAGUGCAAUGCGAAGAGCCAUAAAGAAUCUUCUCCCGGAUGCUUGUCAUAGGCUAUGUUCGUGGCACUUGCAUAGAAAUGCACGGAGCAAUAUUCGCUGCGAGGAAUUUAAUAACAGGUUGUAUAACCUGAUGGCGAGAAAGUGUAGCACUCUUGAGUUUGAGAAUCGGUGGGCUAGGAUAGUUAAUGAAUGUGGGGUGGUAGAGAAUGAGUGGGUGAAGAAGUUGUACCCUAGGAGAAGGUUAUGUGCAGAGACCUAUUUAAGCGGCCAUUUUUUCGCAGACGAACAGCUGACACAAAUGGCCAGAUAUGGCACUUUAAAGUCCAGCUGUAAUACUAUGUGUUACUAUGCCUCCUACAUGGAUGAUGCGUUUAAUGACCUGCAGCAGAUGUUUGACAAGCAUUCUGUGGACCUAAAGGAGAAGUGGAUUGACAGGGGAUAUGGGGGAGACGGAUUUGCAAUGGAUUCAAGAGUGAGGAACGAUAGAAGUAGAAGAACAUUCGGGCUGUUAGAUCUCAGGGUGUCCCGGUCUAAAGAGGUUGAAAGAGAUGGUAUGGUUGUGCAUGGAAGUAGCAGCCGUGACGACAGACAGGUUACAGAGCAACACCGGCUUGAGGGAUUGUCUUUUGUUAUGUAUCGGUGGGGUGAAGAGUAUUCAAGGUUGCUAGGUCUAGAUGGGUAA